AUGGCUGCAUCCCCGGGGCAGGCGGACGGUGCCGCUGCUGGGCGGUUUCUCGCUGGAGAACUAGAGAAUGUGCCGAGUAUGGCAGUGGGCGAUGCCGCAUCGCAGUACGUGACGGGUGCGGGUGGGCAGAAAGUGGGCCCAGGUGGUGCUGGGCAGACUGCUGGGGCGCAGUUUAUGUACGGGCCACAGGUGUACCCGUUCGUGGGCAACCAGCCCUGGCAGGGUGGUGCGCAGCAGCAUGGGUUUGUGCAGGUGCCGUCUCCGCAACAACAACAGCAGAUGCAGUAUACGGAACCGUUGCCCGCGCAACUGCUGCUUAAGAGAUCGAACAGGGCGUGUGACGCGUGCAGGAAGAAGAAGAUCAGGUGUGUAGCCUCGGAGACGGGUCCAGACAGGUGCGUCCACUGCCUGAAACAUGGUUUGUUUUGCACUUUCGAGUUCCAUAUCGAGUUGGAGAGGAAGAAACUGCUCCACAGGCACAAGAGACGGAAAUUCCGAAACCGGGCGGAUGUGACACAGUUGCACCCCGAGCGGAAUAUAGAUCUGCACGAGGGUGGUCCGUCCGCAUCGGACUCGACCGCGGCUGUAGAGAAAAUAGCAAGGAAAUUGUACGUCCUCGACGGGAUCGCUACAAACGUGAGAAGGCUCGUCAACGAGUCUCUGAAGGACGUCGAUAAGCCAACCGUCGAUGAAGAUUUUCUGCCAAGGUGCACGGACAAACAGUACACAACCAGUCUCAUAACGGCGCAGAAACUGAAGUGGAUGUCAAAGAAACUUGGCAGAAGCUCGGAUAGUGAGUUUUUCCGACCGCUGCGGGACACGUACUUGAAUGGAUCCAAACUGUACUUGAUGCAGUUCAAAAAACUGAACAAUUUUACGGGACUCUUGCCCAAAGACGAGGAGGGGAACUACCAGCUGUUCGAAUUGCCGCCAAGAGAGCAAGCGAAACGACUCAUGGAAAAUUUCUUCGAGGCACUCCUUUACACCAUUGCCUCUAUGGUGACGGAAGAGGAAUGUUUCCAGUUGCUCGAUAAAUACUACGAUGGCGAGACUUUAUCCUUUAAUAAAAGGUUCCUACUGAACACAUGCCUAUGUCUCGGAGCAAACGCAUCGCUGUUGAUCAAUACAGAAGAGGCAUACUCCUUGAGAAAGGACAAUUACCUCCCCAGUUCAAUGGGUCUACGGCGCAUUGAGCACAAACUAUCCGUGAAUGUGCUCUACUACUAUAAUCGCAUUGUGAUCCACUCCUCUGAUAUCACGAUUUUGAAGGGGCUGUUACUGUGGAAGAAAUAUAUCGAAUGUAACUUCGGAUUGGAGGUCGCAUACACUGUGCUGAGCAAAGCCGUCUCCGUCGCGAUAUCCCUAGGGAUGCAUAGAGCCUCUUACUACAACUCCUUCUCGAUGUCAGAGGCAUACGUCAGAAGGGUUGUCUGGUUCUACUGUCUGUCGUCAGACUCAAUUUACGCAAUUCGACUUAACACAACACCACUGAUUCACAAAGAUGUGACAGAUGUUUUCUCCAACGAAAAACGCUUGAAACACAUCCAAAAGCUCUGUACUAUGGACGAAUUAAAGAACCACAUCACAGAAAUAGUAACUUUCGAGGACGCCUUCAACUUCACUCUAAAUCACGCACAGUUGCUAAUGAUGCCCAUAUCCUAUUACUGUUUACAGUUGUUCGACUUAGAGAAGGACGCUCAACACGCUUGCUUCAGCCUUAAAAGCAUUUCAGGGAAAACUUUCAAGACUGUCUUUGACAACGCAAUGAAAGUGAAGGAAAGUUUGAAAGAAUGGAACGAUCAGUUGCACCCUCUUAUGAAACUAGAGAGUUUCAGAGAGUACUAUAAAAUCCUAUGCCAACAAAACAAUGGCGGGGCAAGAGAGUUACAAUUCGAGAUCGUUUGCGCCCGAAUCCUAAUAUACCAUUGCAGGUACUUUUCGAUAGCAAUUAUUGUCGACCUGUUUCUUCUCUCCUUAAUCAAUGAUAAUAGGCACUGCUUUGAGGGGAAGGACCCAGCACCGCUGGAAGAAAAACUGAGAAGUGAAUACUUGGAAAAUGCAAGGAAGACGGUAAAAAUAUUCACUAGUAUCAAAAAUGAACCCUUUCUUUACAGCGAAAUCAUUUAUUUCUUCUACACAGCCGUCUUCACGCUCAUAUUUCGUCUCGUGGAACAGAUCGAUGACAAAUCUCGAGAUCUAGAAAACGCUUACCUUUUGGAGUUACUGCAGACAACGCAUACGUAUCUCGUCGGUACAGACGGUACUGCUUCGAUCUGUGAUAACAUCAAAUGGAACCUGCAACUUUUCCAUUUCACGCUACUGUUAAAGAUGAUUGUAGUGUAUCUUGAGGAGAAGAACGCCUUUGUGAAGGUGUUUCCGUACAAGGCCCACUGGUAUGACACUAUCCUUCAGCAACUUGUUGCCACAUCAACAGCUGUGAAGAACGCGCAAUUCAAAAUGUUGAGUCCCUAUAUCACGCAUAACAGAAUCUCCACCUUUGCCUCUCGGAUGCGGAAGGAAUACGGGCGUAACUUUGUACUCUUUUUGCGUUUCAAAGAGAUACCCAUUUCGUUGGAACGAAAGGAGAACAUGGCGCCUAUUCCUGAUUAUUCACUGUUCCCUGUGGCAGACGAAGAAAUAGAUGAUUCCCAGGACGACUGUCUGGAUUAUUUGUCGUCCCAAUCGUACUUCUGUGACCGUGAUGUCAGUUUCCUCAAGAUUUUCCGCGAAUGGGAUGUUUUGUGA